GUACCAGCUCACUGUGGACUUCAAGGUAACGAAACUGCAGAUUUCUUGGCCAAAAAAGCCACCAAUAUUCUACAAAUAUCUCUUAAACCAGUUCCUUUAUACACCGCAAAAAGGCUAAUAAAAAUCUCUCUUCGAACAACAUUUGAGGCAAAACUUCAAGAAGUAAAUAAAGAUAAGGACUGGCUAGAAGGAAUCAAAGAUAUUCCGUCAUGGUCAAGAGAAAAAUCUGUGCCUCUUUUUCGCCUUGCUACUGGCCAUGACUGUUUAUCGAAGCACCUGUGCAGAAUCAAUAUCUUUUCAAGCCCCUUUUGUCCAUUAUGUAACCUGCUAGAAGAAAUGGACGCUAACCAUCUGAGACGCUGCCCUGCACUUCCUACUGGGCCCGUGUGGGAAC